CACCGCCUGGCUAAAUCAGUUGAGGUGUCUUGAGCACAAAAACGAACGCUCCCAAUGUAACGCGGGAAACGCUACUGUGUUGUUUCUCCAGAGAAAAAGAGCCGCCACGCUAAUCAACAUAUGUAGGGAUAUUAUCAUCACCAGGUCCAACAAAUGACAUGAUCCGACAGGCUUUGGCUCUGAUCUGAGGAAGUUAAUGGUAGACAGGACCGCCGACUGUGUUUUGUUUCCGAACCGUUUGAACCCGGAGCAGCCGUUAAUUAUAUGUCGGUCCCCGCGCUGCUACUUAACGUCUUUCUGUGUAGCCACCGAGCAGUUGUUAGCUCCGACACAAAGAGGGAGUCCUGCUAACGAGCAAAACAACAAAGAGAACAUCCUCCACUCUUGACCGGUAACAUGGAUACGUUUCAGAAGGUGGAGAAGAUAGGAGAAGGGACGUAUGGGGUGGUUUACAAAGCCAAGAACAAAGUCACCGGAGAAACUGUUGCUCUGAAGAAAAUCCGCCUCGACACGGAAACAGAGGGUGUACCAAGCACUGCCAUCCGAGAGAUUUCACUUCUCAAAGAACUCAGUCACCCAAAUAUUGUCAAGUUGCGAGAUGUGAUCCACACCGAGAACAAGCUCUACCUUGUGUUUGAGUUCCUUCAUCAGGAUCUAAAGAAGUUCAUGGACUCCUUCGCAGUCGCUGGUAUCCCACUGCCUCUGGUUAAGAGUUAUCUUUUCCAGCUGCUGCAAGGCCUGGCCUUCUGCCACUCUCACAGGGUUCUUCAUCGAGACCUGAAGCCCCAGAAUCUCCUCAUCAACGCCCAGGGGGAGAUCAAGCUCGCUGACUUUGGUCUGGCAAGAGCCUUUGGGGUUCCCGUCCGCACUUACACACACGAGGUGGUAACACUUUGGUACAGAGCUCCAGAAAUCCUCCUGGGCUGUAAAUACUACUCCACAGCUGUCGACAUCUGGAGUCUGGGCUGCAUCUUUGCUGAAAUGCUCACCAAGAGGGCCUUGUUCCCCGGAGACUCAGAGAUCGAUCAGUUAUUCAGAAUCUUCCGCACCCUGGGCACGCCUGAUGAGACCGUCUGGCCUGGAGUCACAUCCAUGCCCGACUACAAACCCUCCUUCCCCAAGUGGGCCCGGCAGGAUUUAGCCAAAGUGGUGCCGAUUCUUGAUGAAGAUGGAAGAGAACUGCUCGGAGAAAUGCUGAAUUACGAUCCAAACAAAAGGAUAUCUGCCAAAAACGCCCUCGUACAUCGAUACUUCCGCGACGUCACCAUGCCAAUUCCUCAUCUGAGACUCUGAGCAGGAUAGGAGUUUGUUUUAAUGCCAACAAUGUCUGAGCAAUAAGGACCUCCUCGCCUCAUCUCCACGACUGGAAUGGACAUAAAGCGGACACUACGGGACACGUUGGAUCCUGUAAUGGAUGUUUGGUCACACUUAAAACCAGCUUUCUAAGACGGUUGACCUCCCGAGAUUUUCGCUGUGUUUUCAGCCAUGAUGUUAUAAUAGUUACAAACAUUUAACUGUAAUUUUCAAUAUAAUUAUUCUGCAUAUUUUUGUGCAACUGCCAUUUUUUAUGUUAAUGUUAUUUGUGAUUGGGAUAGUCCUCUGAGUGACUGCAGGUAGACUGAUUCUCGUAAACUGCCAUUACAUUUCCCAUUUUUAGGAUGUCAAAAGUGAUAUAGUCUAGUAGUUAGAGUUAAAUAUUAUUGAUAACGUUUGUGGGAUAGUGCAAAAAACAAACGUCAUGCUCUUUGAGAUUGAGCAGCAGCUGAAUGAAAGAUGUGAGUGACGGUUGCAUCUUCUUUUGAUCUAAAACCGUUGGUGCUGAAACAACACAAUCUUAAAAGGUUGAUUUUCUUGCAGUUCAAUUCUUUAAAGUUCGGUCUGAAGUAUCUUGAAGUGAUUUUAUAACCGCACCUUUGGUUGUUUAACACACACAAAUGUUUGUUGGGCGUUUGCUGGCAGGAUUACAAACUGAAGUUCUCAGCGUAGUACAUACAGUUGUCCCUGUUUAAACACAAUUUAAUGUGCCGUCAAAUCUUUCAUACUCUAGAUUUUAUUCAAACGUAAUGAAUCGUUUUUUAUGGAUAUUGUUUAUAGUUUGAAAAAUAAACUUGUUUAAACAGCUGAUA